UUUAAGGGAUGUUCCUCGGCCGGCACAGUCUGCAGCUGAAGGUUCCGAUCUGAAUGAGACGACGUUGACCAGCUCAGAGAGGUAGAGAGAGAGGAGGCGCCGGUGCCGGGGGAAGCUCCCGUUCCCACCCGGACUAUGGUGAAAGCUCUUUGCGAUUUCCUGAUGUGUAUAACCCGAGUAAUUGGGAAGAUCAAGAACCUCCUGUUCUGGGCUCUUGCGUACAGUUUCUGCGGGCUCUGUACCUGUCUGAUUUUGUUAAAACUUCUGUGGCACAUCAUCAGGAACCCGGCAGAAUCCUUUCAACGGACUGAACGCGAAACCCUCCCCGCUUGCCUGAACGACACGUCCUUGGGAACUCACUGUUACGUACGAAUCAAGGAGUCUGGAUUAAGAUUCCACUAUGUUGCUGCAGGAGAAAGGGGAAAACCACUAAUGCUACUGCUGCAUGGAUUCCCGGAGUUCUGGUUCUCCUGGCGCUAUCAGCUUCAAGAGUUUAAGUGCGAAUUCCGAGUCAUCGCAGUUGAUUUACGGGGAUACGGGGAAUCUGACGCACCCAUCGGUCGUGAAAAUUACCAACUGGAUUGUUUGAUCACCGACAUUAAGGAGAUUGUGGAUUCCCUGGGCUACAAGAAGUGUGUCCUGGUUGGCCAUGGCUGGGGUGGACUGCUUGCCUGGUGUUUUGCCAUCUAUUACCCAGAGAUGCUGAACAAGGUUGUUAUUCUGAACUGCCCACACCCUGCAGUUCUUUGUGAUUAUCUGGUGCGACAUCCCUCCCAACUGAUGAAAUCGAGUUAUUUUUUCUUCUGCCAAGUACCGUGGCUUCCUGAAUUUGCUCUUACUAUAAGUGACUUCAAGGUGCUGAAGUACUUAUUCACAAGUCAGAGCACUGGCAUUAGGACAAAAGAGUACAGGAUGACUGCGGAUGAGAUCGAAGCCUAUCUGUACAUAUUUUCCCAGCCUGAAGCUUUCUCUGGACCCCUCAGCCACUUCAGGAAUAUAUUCAGGAACCUGCCCUUGAACCAGAAUGAGGUGGUGUCACCCACCCUGUUGUUGUGGGGAGAAAACGAAGAAUUCCUGGAAUUCCGAAUGGCUGAGCUCUCAAAGUCCUAUGUAAGGAAUUAUUUCAGACUGACCGUUGUGCCCGACACCAGUCACUGGCUUCAGCAGGACCAGCCAGAGCUGGUCAACCAUCUGAUCUGGGCAUUCCUGAAGGAAGUUGUCCAGUAAGACCGGCUGUCACUGAAGUAAGGCGCAAAGAUCACGUGACAGCUCCAGUUAAAUGUUUUUCUGUGCCGUUUACCUGUAGCUAGUUUACCGUUUACAUGUGCUGUCUAAACUCUGGUGCUGAAUGAAAGUCUGCUUGUGAGGUUUGUACUUUUAUCGAUGCACUAUUUACAUGUAAUGCUGAGCUGUAACCAUUUAAAGUUGGGGUGUUCCUAAAAUGUCUCUACAAUAUACUUAUUAAGAUUCCUAAUGACCUCAUUUCUGUGUACGUAUAUGGUUUGGCCGAGAGGUUCAGACAGAGUCAAGUUAUCUGCUUAAGGGGGUCAUCGAAAAGACCUAUGAAUCUUGAACUGUUUUCAGAGUGUUGCUGACAAGUAGGGCAGAACUGGAAAAACUGGAGAUACAGGAGAUAGAGACCUUGAAUUGAAAGAGAUCCAACACCUUUUAAGACAGCAUCAUAGCAUUCAUACUCCUGAAUCUUUGCACGUGCAAACACCAGCCUUAAAACUUGUAAAUAAGGAAUAGUGACAUCACCAUGUAAAUGAGUGGAACGUACUCUUUACUUUGUGGUGCCUUUCACCAGAUUCUUCCUCAGAAAAUAAAUGAUGAGUGCCAUUUCUGGAAAUAUAAAUGGGGAUGUUUAUAUUUUAUAUUUUUAAGUUGUAUAGAUUGAUGUUUUUAUUGACAAGGGUUAGGUAUUGAGCAUAUUGCUGUAGUCACAAUUGGGUUUCCAUAUAAAAUGUAUAUAUUCAUCCACAGGAAAAUAUGGACAGAUUGCCCAGCUGUUAUAUUCUAGGUACAAAGGUUACGGAUUAUUUUCUAAUUAGGAACCAGUCUCUGCAGAGCUCUGUAAACUAUCUAGUUGGACAUUGAGGAAGGACUGACCUCAUGAAGUUGCCAGGACUCCAGAGUGGACCAUUUAUAGGAGGCAUGGCGCCUCCCAGACCUCGAUACAAGGACAAGGAGUGUAGUUGUAGGGUAAUACCACCACCUGCAGGUUCCCCUGCAAAUCACAAGUCACACUGACUUGGAAAUCUGAUGCCAUUCCUUUGUCGUUGCUCGGUCUAAAUUAAAGUACAAAGUACAUUUAUUAUCAAAGUAUGUUUACUAUAUACAUCCUUGAGAUUUGUCUCCUUACAGGCAGCCACAAAACAAAGAAACCCAAUAAAGCCCAUUAAAACAAAAGAAAACCGCUAAACACCCAACGUGCAGACAAACUGCCACUCCCUAUCCAAAGGCAUUGCAGGGGUCCCUUCACCCAAAGGGACUAGGCUAGUUCAAUAAAAUAGCUCACCACCAGCUUCUGAUUCAGGGCCCGCAAUAAAUGCUGCCCUUACUCAUAUCUUGUCAGUGUAUUUAGAAAAAACCUAGCUGAUAUGCCGCCCUUUCCUGGAUAUCAAAAUAUGCAACCUCCCUCUGCAUGAAUCCUGACAGUUCUUGGCAGAGUUGUCAGCGGGGACACACUGACAAUGAGUGGAGGUGGUGAGGAAUAGUGGGGACUACAUUGGGAUUUCCUCUGAUCAACCUGAAUUUUUCGGCUUUCCCUGUGAACCAGGUUUAGAGCAGAAUCUAAAUCAUUGAUGGGAAGUCUGUAACACAUUGACAAUUAUCCCUGGAUGCACAGUGGUCGGUGGUCUGAAGAAACAAGUAGUUUUAUACUUGGCAAACUUUUCUAAGGGCUGUAGGUUUUUUUUUGAGAUGGUUCUAAAAUCAGAAAAGGUGGAUGAAAUUAAAAUGUAAGAAUAAAUUCACUGACUAUUCAUAGUCAUAGUUAUAGUCAUACUUUAUUGAUCCCGGGGGAAAUUGGUUUUCGUUACAGUUGCACCAUAAAUAAUUAAAUAGUAAUAAAACCAUAAAUAGUUAAAUAGUAAUAUGUAAAUUAUGCCAGUAAAUUAUGAAAUAAAUCCAGAACCAGCCUAUUGGCUCAGGGUGUCUGACCCUCCAAGGGAGGAGUUGUAAAGUUUGAUGGCCACAGGCAGGAAUGACUUCCUAUGAAGCUCUGUGUUGCAUCUCGGUGGACUGAGUCUCUGGCUGAAUGUACUCCUGUGCCCAACCAGUACAUUAUAUAGUGGAUGGGAGACAUUGUCCAAGAUGGCAUGCAACUUGGACAGCUUCCUCUUUUCAGACACCACCGUCAGAGAGUCCAGUUCCAUCCCCACAACAUCACUGGCCUUACGAAUGAGUUUGUUGAUUCUGUUGGUGUCUGCUACCCUCAGCCUGCUGCCCCAGCACACAACAGCAAACAUGAUAGCACUGGCCACCACAGACUCGUAGAACAUCCUCAGCAUCGUCCGGCAGAUGUUAAAGGACCUCAGUUUCCUCAUCAAGCCUCUAGCAAGCUCUCAUUGGUAGAAACACAAGCCCAAGGUUAGUCUUCACAUAUUCCUUUGGUGCAGGACACAGCACCAAUGAAUCUUCUUGGUAUUUUCUUUGUAUUUAGAAUGUACUAACAUUUUGGAUACAAAUUCUUAGGCAAUAUAGUCUAUUAAAAUCUGACAAUCCGUGCUGUCUUGUUUCUAAAGGUGAGCUUGAUUGCAUAGUUUGUUUUAUUUGUUGUGCUGGCUGCACCUUUCAUGGAUGAUCGCAGACUCGAAAUUUUCUUCCUCUUACCCCCUGAGAGCACUCACUUGCAUCUUCCCUGUACUAGUCAAGUAGAGCGCUGAAGUUCGGUGUUCAUUUCAUGCAAAUCAUGCUGACUGAUGACUUACUGGGAUGUAUUUGUAUUAAUAUUUUUAUUGCGAAAGAGAGUAAUUGUCAUCUGACGUUCUGGACUACAGAUCUCAGCAAUCUACUCAGUGGCUCUUGGAGUGGUGCUCAAAAUAUCAAAGUGCUGGCAUGCUAAACACACUUAAUUGGAGAGUGUACUAAUGGACAGGGAAAAAGAAGUCAAAAUAUGAUUGGUUAAUUUCUAUUUCCUUUUUUGUUCCACACUUUUAUUUUUAUGGUUUAGAAAUGAGAGGGUAGAGAAAGAAGAAUUGGGUUUCAAAGGCAAAGUUCAAGGUAAACUCAUGAUCAAAGUGCGUAGAUGUCACCAAAUACUACCCUGAGAUUCACUUUCCUGCAGACUGUCACAGUAAAUACAAAGAAACACAAUAGAAUCAAUGAAAAACCACACUCAACAUGGCGAGCAAACAACCAGAAUGCAAAGGACAACGAACUGUGCAAAUACAAAAAUUUUUUUUAAAGGAAACAAAAUAAUAAUAAAUAAGCAAUAAAUAUCAAGAACGUGAGAUGAAGAAUCCUUGAAAUUAAGUCCAUAAGCUGUGGGAACAGUUCAAUGGUGGUGUGUGAAGUUAUCCUCACUGGUUCAGGAGUCUCCAUCCCCACAGAAAUAGCCAUGUUUCUCACCUUGUAGUGAGACCCUAUAGCCAGUAAGGAGAUUAGAAUCUCUGAGCGAUCGCUGAGCGCGCUACCAUAGAACUAUGGUACUCCAAAUUAUAUCGCAGUGCAGCACAAGCAUAAAUUAUGGAAAUUUAUGUUGAGGAAGAUGAACAAAUAAAAGCACUGUGCUGUUCAAGCUCUUCUUAAGAGAAUGAUUUUGGCAUUGAGGUAAAGACGGCAUUCCCAAAAGUGAAGUGAAAGAACAUUUUAUUAAAGUAGGAGAUCGUAUGCAAACAGGUGACUGUUGGUCAGUACUGACACGGUGAUUCGAAAGGGCCCAAGUCCAUGCUGUAUCCAUGACUUAUGAACAAGAGGUCAACAUGCACACACAAUGCUGGAGGAAUUCAGUUGGUCUGGCAGCAUCUAUGGAGGAAAAUGAACAGUCACCUUUCGGGCCAUGGCCUUUCAUCAGCACUCAGAGCGUAGCUUCAUUGACAAGUGGCCUAAACUUAUUAGCCUCUCUAUGUAUUUGUCUGGUGGCUCCUUUCCCCCGAUAUUGAAAGGCCUGGGGGAUGUGGAAUGGUUAGUGGGGGAGUCCAGCACCAGAGGGCACAGCCUCAGAUGUCCCUUCAGAACAGAAAUGAGAAGGAAUUUCUUUCACUCGAGGUUGGUAAAUCCGUGGAAUUCAUUGCCACAGAUGGUUGUGGAGGCUAAGUCGUUGGUUAUAUUUAAAGCAGAGGUUGAUAGAUGUUUGAUUAGUCAGGACGUCAAAGAUCUUGGGGAGAAGACAGGAGAAUGGGGUUGCGAGGGAAAGUAUGAAUGGCCUAAUUCUGCUCCUGUGUCUUAUGGUCUUAAUUUAUACACUGAUGUCAAGCAAAUUGUCAAAAUCCUAUAUCAUAAAGUAUUGGUGUUCUAAAAAAUUGGCAUAUUUCAAUGGUCCAUUCUUUACUAAUGGAAUUUUUGGGCUAGGUACUGUGCUGUUUCCUCAGACUUUAAGCCAUUUGGGAUUUUUUGCUUCCAUGAGGAAAUUAAAUGAUGUGAAAGCAGGUGUACUUGAACAAGUCAGGAAUGCUAUAAGACCCUAAUGCGCUCAGCCUAGUGGCACAGGGUAGAUGGGAACCAAUAUAUUUUUGUAUCAAUGCUGUUGUUCAUUUAGAAUGCACUGUGUUGCUGUUCUGGCUUUACCACGGUCCCUUAGUUAGAGAUAGAGCGUACUUCAUGUAUAAUAACUUCCAAUUUACCUUACAUUUUAUGGAAUAUAUAAAAUAUCGUACUACUACCAAAGAAAGUAAUUUAUUUUUCAAAAGGCCCAUAAUUCCCAUUAUUGGUCAGUAAGUCAAACAGAUAUGAGAUAAAGUGACAUUUAGUGACAUAAACUAUACUUCUUCAGAAACACAUUAGGAUCAUAUUUUGUAAACAAAGCCUUCUAAGAAAAUGUGAAUUUAUUUGUUCAAAUUAUCGAGUAUAAUUUUAUCACAGUGCUCUUGAUGUAAUUUGUAUUUAUUUUAAUUGUAAUGUAAAAUAUUGUAAUUUUAAUAAAGUAAUUAAUGUUAUGGAAUCUUAAAGUGGAAUUUUUGUCAUUUA